AUGCCCGAACACCAGGAAGAUGUGCGCGAUGCCCGAACUAUUGCAACUGUAAUCGAGAAAGACGCAGAGAAGUAUGCCUCGACCAGCGACAUCCUAAAGGGCGCCGAGAGAGCGACAGAAGAUGAGCAUCAGAUGGGCCUACGCGCAGGGAUUCGCAAAUAUCCUAAAGCCGUUUUCUGGUCGAUAUGGUUUUCUGCAGCACUGAUCAUGGAGGGCUUCGACCACGCCUUCGUGACUGGCUUCAUUGCGUUUCCUGCUUUUCAGGAAAGAUACGGAGUUUCCCUGGGAAAUGGGAAAUACGAGAUUCCCGCAGAGCUGCAAUCUGCCAUUGGCAAUGGAGUCAACGCUGGUGAGAUUGUCGGACUACUGCUGAACGGCCUGUUCGCCGACUGGUUCGGUUACCGCUGGGUCAUGAUCGGCUGUCUAUUUCUGAUGAUGGCGUUUAUUUUCUUGCAAUUCUUCGCCACCAGCAUCUACAUGUAUCUGGGUGCAGAGAUCCUACUUGGUAUUCCCUGGGGCGUUUUUCAGACCCUGACGACCACGUACGCCGCCGAGGUGUGUCCCAAUGUGCUGCGGCCGUAUCUCACGAUGCUGGUCUCUCUCUGUUGGAGCAUUGGCUAUCUCGUCGGCACCGGUGUUCUGCGUGCAUUUCUACAAUCGUCGGGCCAGUGGGCCUACCGCAUCCCCUUUGCCCUACAGUGGGUCUUGCCUAUUCCGCUCGCGAUUGGCAUCUACUUGGCGCCCGAGUCACCAUGGUGGCUUAUCCGCAAGGGCCGCGCUGAAGAUGCAGGCCGCAUGCUGCGCCGGCUGCGGUCGAAGGACAGUCCGGAGGAAGAAAUCGAGGAUACUGUCGCCAUGAUGGUGCACACUGUCAAGAUCGAGAACGAGGCGAAUGCGUCUAGCAGUUACCUGGACUUGUUCAAAGGCGUGGAUCUGCGCAGAACGGAGAUCACGGUCUUCACUUAUCUCAUUCAAGAGCUUUGUGCGCCGCUGGUUGCUUAUAUUGUGUACUUUCUCGAGGAGGCCGGUCUUACCCCGAAUGCUUCUUUUGACUUCGGCAUGGGCGAAUACGCGUUGGCUAUCGUCGGUGUCUUCAUUGCCUGGUUCUUGGUCCCCAAGCUAGGCCGACGCUCGCUGCUGCUAAUUGGCACGGGGUUCAUGGCCAGCACGACUAUCCUCAUUGGAUUCCUGGGUAUCCCCAAUCUAGCCACGCACCCCAACAUAGGGUAUGGCAUUGGCAGUAUUCUCCUGAUUGAAUAUUUUGUCUUCUUCAUCACCAUCGGUCCUAUCAUCUACACCAUCGUCACCGAGAUCCCAUCCAACUACCUCCGCACCAAAAGCGUCGUACUCGCUCGCGCAGUCUAUAACGUCGCUUGUCUGAUCUAUGGCCAGCUCGUUCCGCAUAUGGUGCAGCAGACUUCAUGGAAUUGGGGCGCCAAGUCCGGCUUCUUCUAUGGUGGGAUUAUGGGACUGGGUCUCCUUUGGGCAUACUUCCGUCUUCCAGAGACCAAGAAUCGCACUUUUGGGGAGAUGGAUAUCCUAUUCAAGAACAAGGUCAAGGCCAGAGAUUUUGAGAACACUAGGGUUGAUCUCAGUUCAGAGUCGGUUUCGCAGUAUUGA